CAGGAAGGUUAGAUUCAAGCACGAGACAACAAGGGGAUAUCCUUAUCAAUGGCCGCAAGCAAGCACUGGCAUUUGGCACAUCUGCUUAUGUGACUCAAGACGACACGUUAAUGACAACCUUAACCGUACGAGAAGCCAUCCUCUACUCGGCCCUCCUCCAGCUCCCCGACUCCAUGCCGAUGCCCGACAAGAAAAAACGAGCAGAGCAGACAAUCAUGGAGAUGGGUCUACAAGAAGCGGUGGACACUAGGAUUGGGGGUUGGAAUGUAAAAGGAUUGAGUGGCGGACAAAAGAGACGGGUUAGCAUAUGCAUAGAGAUCCUAACUCGGCCAAAACUGCUAUUUUUGGAUGAGCCAACAAGUGGUUUGGACAGCGCGGCUUCUUACCACGUCAUGAACCGUAUAAUAAAGCUCGCGAGGCAAGACAAAAUGACAGUUGUGGUCUCGAUUCAUCAGCCAAGUGGGGAGGUUUUCGAGCUUUUUCAAAAUUUGUGUCUUUUGUCAUCUGGGAAGACAAUCUACUUUGGUUCUGCUUCAGCAGCAAAUGAGUUUUUUGCUUCAAAUGGCUUCCCCUGUCCAUCCAUGAGGAAUCCAUCGGAUCACUACCUCAGGACUAUCAAUAAAGACUUUGAUGUCGAUAACGAACGAGAACGGAGUGAAAAGAUAAGCGCAACGGAAGCAAUUGAUUUUCUUGCUAAAUCGUACAUGUCAUCACAUGUUUACCAGCAAGUACAUGAAAGAGUUAGGAGAAUAUCCUUAAUGAGUGGGGAGCCAUUGGAGACGAAAGAAAGCCAUGCAAAAUUUGUCACACAAUGCCUUGUUCUGACUUGGAGAUCUUUUAUAAAUAUGUAUCGCGACUUGGGCUAUUAUUGGCUUCGACUGGCCAUAUAUAUUGCCUUAUGUUUGUGCGUGGGAACAAUAUUUUAUGACAUCGGCUAUAGUUAUGGAUCCAUCCAGGCUAGAGGGUCCAUGCUAAUGUUUGUUGCUGCAUUCUUGACCUUUAUGGCAAUUGGUGGCUUUCCUUCUUUUGUAGAAGACAUGAAGAUUUUCACACGCGAAAGGUUGAAUGGUCACUAUGGUGUGGCGGCAUUUGUGAUUGGAAACACAUUGUCUUCCAUCCCAUACUUGUUACUGAUAUCCAUCAUUCCGGGUGCAAUAGCUUAUUACCUAGUCGGCCUCCAAAAGGGCAUCGACCACUUUGUCUACUUUGCCUUGCUCCUAUUUUCUUGCAUGAUGCUGGUCGAGAGCCUAAUGAUGAUCGUGGCUAGUAUAGUGCCCGACUUUCUCAUGGGAAUUAUCACGGGUGCUGGAAUCCAGGGAGUUAUGAUGUUGUGCGGAGGAUUUUUCCGCCUCCCUGAAGAUCUUCCGAAACCCUUCUGGAGGUACCCUAUGUACUACAUUGCGUUCCACAAGUAUGCGAAUCAAGGGUUUUACAAGAACGAGUUUGAGGGGUUAGUCUUUGUGGAUGGAGUAGGAGGGACACGUAGUGGUGAUGAGAUAUUGAGGAGUGUUUGGCAAGUAGAGAUGGGAUACUCUAAGUGGAUUGAUGUUUGUAUUAUGUUUGGCAUGGUGGUUUUGUAUAGGCUCAUGUUUUUUGGGAUCAUAAAGAGUGUGGAGAAAUUUAAGCCUAUUAUUAGAGGCUUUCUCUCUAGUUCAAGUAAGCAAUUCAACUAGAGUGGAUAGAACUAAGAGAUUACACUAUAAAUAGAUGCUUGAUAAAAUAAGUUAGAACUUGGAUUAUUAUAGUGAAAGUGGUGACAAGUAAUGCUAGUCUCUCUAUGUUUAGGAUAUUGGUUGAUGAAUAUUUUUUAUUGAGCUUGUCAAUAUACCAAAUGG